AUGGCCACAGUGCCGCCUGGGCCUAGUACUGUGCCUCCAUCCCCGGCUCCAGCGGCCCCUUUCCCCGCCGCUGAGGAUUGUGAGGCAGGCAGAGAGGACGGAGAGUCGGCCGUUUACAUCCAAGACUGUGGAAUUUCCACAGUAAACAGGCCACCGAGCGUCACCGACGUCAACAAGUCUGUCAAGAAGAAGCAGAGCAGUAUGCUAGCCCGAGCUAGCCCCGCACUGCACCUUUCAAUGCAAAGAGAUCCGCAGCUGAACGGACUGUCCACUCCCACGGAGGACACGGAGCCCCAGCAUCUGGACAGUACGCAUGACAGUCCCAGAACCACUGACAACGGAGACAACUGCUCCUCCGGGUGCUACACGGCCAUCAGGACCAGCGAGCAUGAAGGCCAGAGCUCUUUAUCCAAAAGUCCUGCCCUGAACAACAGCAUUAACGGCAUGCCGGCUUUUACUAGAACUGAGGAGCCCCCAGAGCCGAGCCCAAAGCACCCCCUGCCACAAGAGCCCAGCCCAGAGGAGCCCCCGGCCGCAGAGCUGUCCCGUCUGCAGCUUGCUUCCUCGGACCAGGACCAGGACCACGGCAUCCGCUAUGUGCGCUACGAGUCGGAGCUGCAGAUGCCGUGGAUCAUGCGGCUCAUCACGAAAGACUUAUCUGAGCCUUACUCAAUUUACACGUACAGGUACUUCAUUCACAACUGGCCUCAGCUCUGCUUUCUGGCAAUGGUGGAGCAGGAGUGUGUCGGAGCCAUUGUCUGUAAACUGGACAUGCAUAAAAAGAUGUUUCGCCGCGGAUACAUUGCAAUGCUAGCUGUGGACUCCAAACACAGGAGGAAAAGCAUUGGUACUAAUCUGGUAAAAAAGGCGAUCUAUGCGAUGGUGGAAGGGGACUGUGACGAGGUGGUAUUGGAGACAGAAAUAACCAACAAAUCGGCGCUGAAGCUGUAUGAGAACUUGGGUUUUGUCAGAGAUAAGCGGCUGUUCAGAUAUUACCUGAAUGGAGUGGAUGCGCUCCGGCUCAAACUGUGGCUACGUUAA